UGUGUAGGGACUCGUUGAAGCGAGCCAGUUCAGUCGAUCCCCUACGACAGCUGAAGGCUAGACGGAGACACAGUCGAGUCCGUGCCGUUUUACUUUCUUUCUUUGCGCACUAACGCAACAAAUAACUUUCCAACCUGUUUGAUUUAUUUGUCUGUGGAAUUCCUCCAGCGCACUUUCCAAUGGACUAAAGCGCGUUUCAACUUUCUGAUUUGAGCGUGCCAAAGGAAACCAACUUUGCAUUUUAGUUUGGGUGCCAUAUCCUCCAAAUACAGGGACGAGUGGAUUAGAACUGAACGCUGAUCCGGUGCUCUACUUUAAAAACUAAUCAACGGGAACGCAUUCGUAUGAUUGUGGUCGUUGUAAAGCUUUGGAUUUCUGGGCAAAGAUCCUGAACUCCUUCAUGAGGGAUUCGCUGUUGACGACAGAGAUAUUGGAGAAGACGCACUGGCCACUUGACCCCUUUUCACGAGCACAAGACGCACCGGAGCGCGCAGCUUUCUGCCACCGUUAUUGGGAAGGUCCUGUGCGACUCGUUUGAUAUAAUAUUGAGUAUGACCGUGAACAUCAAGGCAUCGCAGUGCCAUGCGCCGCUCCGCAGGCUCCUGUAGACUCGGUUCCGGUGCUACUGCAAUGCUCACCGGACCCCUCCGCUUCCGCGUGCCUCUGUGAUCCAGGCAAAGGGCGCGAGGAUGAGCACAGACCUGGAGCGCCUGUCGCUCAACUCUUCCUCGGGCAACUCCGUGGCUUCCAGCGCGCGUUCUCUGUCCGCCAACGUGAAGAAGCUUCACAACGCUCUCAACCUGCUGCUCAGCGACCUCGAGAGAGAGCAGUUCAUCCACUGCCUCAACGUGUACCACUCCAAGCGCAAUGUGUACGAUCUGGUCCAGACGCUUAAGGUUAUACUGAACGUCCCGAGCAAGCGUCAGCUCCUGCCCAUGCUGCGGCUGGUCAUCCCGCGCUCGGAUCAGCUUCUGUUCGAUCAGUAUACAUCAGAGGGGCUCUACUUGAAAUCUGAUGUUCUUGCGCGCAAUGGUGACCCGGACGGCUCCCACGAGGCUGCUAAUUCCAGUCCAACACACGGGGCUCAUUUCUCGCCUGCUUCCGCGCCUCAAGCCGCUCUGCGCGGAUCUCCUGACAGUAUCAGCACCAGCAGCGAUGGGACAGCGACUCUUAUUCCUUUACUGGGCAGAAAUUUCUUACCGGAGCCCCCUGGAGAGAUCCGACAGGUGAUCCUCAAGCGUCACAAGAGCAACGAGGGUUUGGGAUUUAGCAUCCGCGGAGGUUCCGAGCAUGGAGUUGGGAUCUAUGUGUCGCUGGUGGAACCGGGUUCGCUGGCAGAAAAGGAGGGUUUGAGAAUAGGAGACCAGAUAAUGAAAGUUAACGACAAAGUGUUCGACCGGGUCACGCACGCAGAGGCAGUUAAGAUUUGUGUGUGCCAAGAGAAACUGAACAUGAACAGUUUGCCUCCUUUCUGUGUCAUUGUUUCCCUUCGCCUGGGGAAAACUGGCACAGUUGAACAGCAGG